AUGUUUUCGUAUUUCCUAAAAGGAGUUAGUAAGUGCCAGGACAGAGCUGACGUGGUGCAUCUGAGCAAGAAGUUAAUCCAGAACAUGCACCUGUUGGAUACACAAGAAAUAUCCCUUUGCCUGAAUAAGCUGUCGAAGGUACACUUUGAGGACAAAGCCUUUUGGGACAACGUCUGUCGGAUAAUCACCACUACGGAUGUUCGGGUGGUGGGCAAGUUCAAGUUCCUGCGGGGGCGGCAAACAGGGGGCAUCAUCAACGAAGUUAACGAACGAACUGUUGCCAACCCUCCCGAUGGGGGCUACAACGCAACGACUUCUACACCGGGGGGGGGCAAUUCACCACAAAAAGGGGAUCCGCUCAACGUGAAUGCACUUAACCCAAAUGGGGGAACCCGACGAAGCAACCGCCCCAAUGGUGAACUCCACAGGGCAGACAAACUGCUGUACCACUUCAACAUGGAAGAGCUGUGCCUUGUGCUGAACGCACUGGCAAAAGUCAACGUGAGGAACGAAGAAAUAUUAAAAGUCGCGUCAGAGAAAAUAAUCAGAGAAUUUGAAAUGAAUCGACAUGUGGUCAACACGAUUAAGGCGGUUGGCACGUUCGGCGUGGCCCCUCCUGGUAGCACUCACGCGGGUUCUUGUGACCCCAUGGGGCAGGCGCUCCAGAACGUUUACCAAAACUACGACCGCAUGAGUAAGAACCUCACGGAGAGGGACAUCAGCGUUCUCAUUCGGGUAAUGCUGACGAGGGGAAACCAAACCGGGGGAAACCAAACGGGGGGGGAAGAAGCCAGUCAAGUGGGAAGUAACCCUAUAAGUGGUAACCAAGCCAAUCAAACGGCCAGCGCUCUCAUCGAAAAGCUAAUAAGCAGCGUAAAAAAGGUUAACCACAUAAGCGAGCAGAGCAUCGCACUAAUUCUAAAUGCAUGCACAAAGUCGUGUGUGAAGAACAAGGCCCUGCUAGAUAUGCUCAAAAUAGUUGUCAUUCUAAAACUCAAGCAGGAGAAGAACAAAUGCUCCGACAUCUUCGUGAGCAGCAUAACGCACUCCUAUUCUUCCUUCGCGUACCGAGACAGGGUGCUCUAUGACACCAUCGCAGAGUACGUGUGUGCCAACAUCGAGAGCAUAAAUGUGAAGGCACUUGUUAUUAUCCUGAACAGCUUUGUAAACAUCGAGAUUGUCAAUUUAAAAUUGUUCGAUGCUGCUUUGGGGAGACUGGCCAGGAGGGAAGUAAUAAACGGCUUGUCCAACCAGUGUACCUCCAACGUCAUCACCAUAGUUACUAAGUCGUAUAAUUACCUCUGCACGGAGAAGACACGCUUCAUUUUGCAGCUUGUGAAGGGACGCCUGCGGAGGGAAUUCGCCCGCACCAAACGUGCAUUAAGCAAGGAGAAGGGUGCCGAACCGGUUUGCUUGUCAGACCUCAGACGCAGCGCCUUCCUGGAGGGCUUCCUCAUGAAACACCUGACGAACAUACUGAACAAUCUGAGCAAGCUAAACCACGCCGACGCCAACCUCUUUGCACUCUUUUCUCAUCUCAUUCUAAAAAAAAAAAAAGAAAUGAAUAAAUUAGACUUCCUGAACAUUACGAGUGCGUAUGCCCGGUUCGGCUACGUCGACGACGAGAUAUACAAACUGAUCCAACUGCAUGCGAAGAAACAUUUGGCAGACAAGAAUUUGAAGUAUGUGGAGUUCAUAAAUAUGUUUACCAGCAUGGCGACGUUCUCACUGAUUGAGCGGAACAGGAGGACAGAUCAUCAUGUGGGGGAUCCCACCAACCACUUUGGGGAAAUAAUUCAUGUGAUGAUGAAUAUGCUGAAGGGGGGGGUUGACAAUAGGGGGGUCCUUGGUGCACAGGGGGAUCAUCCCAAGGAAGAAAACGCCAACAUGGGCAACACGGGCAACAUUAACGAUAUACUGAACUGCUCCCCCCGGCAGCACCACGCACGCAUCCAGAACCGGAAGAACAUCAUCGACAACCUGAGCGCCAAGCACACCUGCUGCAUCCUGGCCACCAUGAGUAAGUUGGAUACACAUUCCAGGCAAAUAUACGAACAAUGCGUGAAAAACAUAAAAAAAAAAAUCCUUAAAAUGGAUUCAAGGUCCCUUACCAUGUACCUGCUUUACGUGAGCAAGUUCGGUCUCACCCCCGAUAGGGACAUAAAAACGCUCCUAUCGAACAGCUUCAAAAUGGUGCACCUAAAAACGGGGAAAAUAAACGGGGUUGAUGCGAAAGGACAACAGGGGGACCGCCUCAACAAGAUGUUAACCCUUCGCACGCAACUCCAAACGGAGGACGUAGUCAACGCAGUUUAUAUUGUGAGAAGCCUCAUAAAGAACGACCCCAACUAUAGGGACAGCGCCUACGUUAUGUGUGCCUACUUGGAGGGCAUCUACGCGGGGGUGCAAUGUACAAACGGGGGUGCAUCUAAAAGUAAAUCCCAAAAUGGAUCCCCCUACCGAAGCGAACCGGACCAAAACAUAAUACACAUCGGAGAGGCCCAUGAUCCCAGUGUCACCCCUCUGCUAAGUGGACGCAAGCUCAACACACAGACGGCCUGCAUCCUCAUGAACACGCUGGCCUUUAUAAACACACACCUGAGCUUGCCAAGUGGAAGAUACGCCAAAAUUGUUUCCUACCUGCUACUGUUCUCCCUUCGGUUUAUGGUUGAACGGCUGAACCUGCGGCGGUCACUUCGCGAACUACUCUACGAAGGCACAUCUAAAAACGAAUGCGUGAACCAAAACGUUCACAUAUGUGAUAGCCAAAACUGUAGCGACGUAACAGAUGUUGUUAAGAGGAAGAUCGACUCGGCCAGCAUCCGACAGAUAAACACAACCAUCUUGAUGCUAUUCCAUUUGGGUUCUUUGAACCCGUUUUCCUACUCACCCCAGGAGGAAGUGACCAACUUGGCUAGCUACCCACUGAGGCUACUACAAUAUGUGUACUUCUUUUUAAAGUUCAGCCCGCUCGCCCCCUUUGAAAGAUACACAUCGGUUUACAACUCGGUCAGUAACAGGAGGAAGUUUACCAACUACUGCGGUGGGGGUAACAAUCAAAUGGAUCUGACUUGGUUGUCGAGUGGGCCGUCCAGUGAUCGACCGAUUGCGGAACAUUGUGAGCUCCCCUCCAUCUCAGAAGGCGAAAUGAGCAUCUACCAGACAGUCGCUUCGCUGCUGAAGCGGAAGGGCUGCGGCGCCAACUGCACACUCUUGUCCUCGUUCGGCGUUUACAUGUACUCCGUCGAUGUGCUAAUCUUGCGCGGAGGCACCAGCUCAUGGUAG